CGGAGAUACGAACAGUAGCUCCGUUCGAUUGCCAGGCGGGCAGACGACACGAGGCGCACCUUACCCUCUCCAAACACCGAUACUUACUCUCCCGAUCUAUAUACGAUGGAGCGCGUGUCGCGAUCCAUACCCGGCGAGGAAGCGGUCGAAUAUCUCCCGCACAGUCGAGGAUCGGACUUGGCUCGGAUCGGCCGAUUCGAGUAAUCCGUUUCGCAGGAGGUUUUCGUCGAGAUGACGUCGUACAACGUGUGCUUUCUGUUGCUGUCAGCGCUGUCUGUCCCUGAAAUAAACGCGGCUCCGACGACGUACGAUCAGCGGCAAACCGGCGAGGUGAACGUAGAUGCGAAAUUUGAGAAUUUCUUGGUGAUUAUCGCCACUUCUGGUAGCAGCAAUCCGUUCAGCAGCCUGGCGUCGCAGGCGCUCGAGCUGAACGAGUUGAUCUCGCAGCGUAGCAAGCAACAGAAUCAUCGGGAGGAGCCGUCCGAGACGGUAGUUUACGAGACGGAGGACGCGGACGACGGCAGGGAGCCUUACCACCUCGAGAUCGUGCACGUGGAGAGGGAGGGGGAUGGUACGGGCGCGACUAAACGUAUGGACGAGACGUCAGUUGUCAAGGUCACCGAGAAAAUUCAAUCGGGAGCGUCGUCCGUAGUCUCCGAAGGCGGAAGAUCGGAGGAUGGGAAAACCGUGCAAGAAGUAUCGCACUUGAAGGCGCCUAUCGACGGUGAAACGGAGACAAAGAGGAUCAGAAGUCUCUGGAAGAUCGAACCGACUGCACGCGGACUCGCCGAUGGCUCGACGGAAGAGGGAAAGCUGAUCGACGUUAAAGAUUCGCGAGCGGAGGACGACGAGUCGCCGACGAGGCAAGGAGCGACUAAAGUGACGAGGCCGGGUAUAUCGUUGAAGAAACAAUUGUCUAAAAAGGAGGAAGUGAACGCGGCCCCGUCGUCCGAAGAGAGGAACGAAUUCGGGAACAGGUACAAGGAUCAACUGGUGUUAAUCGGCGAUGGCAUCGAGAACUGUGGACCCGGAAGAUACAGGGACCGGUCGGGCAUCUGUCAAGAUGACGCCAGUUUCAAUUAACAUCCCCAAGAAGCUACUCGGAACCGGUUACGUGCUCGUAGUACACGAAACGCCUGCUAGAAACUUUGAUCUCCUGAUUCAGCUUCCUUUUUUAUACAUUUACAUUGUAUUUAUUGCCAUGUCUACAUCGUACUCGCGUCGUAUGUAACUGCGUCGCGUGCACAAACGAAUAAACGAAACGUACGAACAAAAGUAUCUCUUUAAUACCAUUUCACGACUCGACCAUCAUUCGUAUCGAACGUACAGAAUAUUGUCGAUCGAGAAUAGUCGGUCUGGACGUAUUGAUUUCUAUCCGUCGACCUUUUUACCGAUACUCGACUCGGAUCUUGGAUCGAGCGUUCAUCGGAAGCCGUUCGAGGAGAACCAGGAAGACGGUCA